CUAGGGUUUACGAUAAAAUACAAAAUGUCGGGCCAGGCCGAGCUUUUGUGACAAAUCCCGAGCCCGGCCCGUAAAAUAUUCGGGCUCGGGAAGCCCGAGGUCAAGCCCGCGAACUAAAGUUCAUGCACAAACCCGCUCGGGGGUCGGGCCAGGCCGGCCCGGCCCGUCGGGCUAUCCGGCCCAUUAACAGAUCUAGUGUUGACCACUUGACCCUGCUGCCCUUACAUUUCAAAAUUACUUUGCCAACCUACUCAUGACAUACGUCAGUAGAUGCGUCGGAUUAGAUUCCCUCUUUACUUCGGUGGCCAAAUCUUUCUAUUUCUAACACUAGAGAGAGAGAGAGAUUGGAUAUUUGGAUUUUCUCUUCUUUCCAGGGCAUCGGUCUAGGUCAAGUCCUCUCUCUCUCUCAGAGACCAAAUGACUGAAAGGGAAAAUAAUGUUGUUCUGUUUCCAUUCAUGGCUCAAGGCCAUCUAAUCCCCUUCUUGGCGCUUGCUCACCGGAUACAAGAGAGAACAGGCUACACUGUGACCUACGUCAACACCCCACUCAACAUCAAAAAACUCCGCUCAUCCCUCCCUUCCAACACCACCAUCCGCUUUGCCGAGCUUCCUUUCUGCAGCGCCGAUCAUGGCCUCCCACCCGACUCCGAGAACACCGAUGUCCUUCCUUAUCCACUCAUCGUUCGCCUCUUAGAAGCUAGUCUCUCUCUCAAACCCUCUUUCAAACGCCUCCUCUCCGAUAUCACCCAUCAACAAAAUGGUCGUCCUCCUCUUUUCAUUAUCGCCGACAUGUUUUUCGGAUGGUCGGCCGAGGUCGCCGACGACCUGGGUAUAUUUCAUUCCGUUUUCAACGCUGGCGGUGCUUAUGGCAUGGCCAUCUACUUCUCCAUGUGGUCCCACCUCCCUCACUGCCAAACGGAUUCUCCCGAGUUCCUGCUACCAGAUUUUCCCGAGGUCUCCGUUAUCCACCGCACCCAGCUCCCAAACAACAUCAAGUACGCUAAUGGGACUGAUGCUUGGUCUAGAUUCAUACAGACACAGGUUCGUCUGUGGUUGAGAUCCGACGGGCUUUUGUUUAACACGGUGGAGGACUUCGAUCGGACUGGUUUACAAUAUUUCAGAAGGGUGAGUGGUCGCCCCGUUUGGGCGAUUGGGCCUACCGCCUCUUCCUUGACCAACAAAACCCGUACGGACAAAGCCGCCGGAACCACCCCGAAUCAAUGUAUCGAGUGGCUCGAUAUGCAGCCUCCAGAUUCUGUUCUUUACGUCUGCUUCGGUUCUCAGAACACAAUCUCUGCUUCACAAAUGACGGAAUUGGCUAUUGCUUUGGAGGCAAGCGGCAGGAAUUUUAUAUGGGUCGUUAGGCCUCCGGUGGGAUUUGACACAAACUCUGAAUUCAGGGCAGAUGACUGGUUGCCGGAAGGAUUCGAGAAACGAAUAAAAGCGCAAAACAGAGGAUUAUUGGUACGUAAAUGGGCACCCCAGGUGGAUAUUCUUUCUCACAGGUCUACCUCUGCCUUUCUGAGCCACUGCGGUUGGAAUUCGGUGACGGAAAGCUUGAGCCAUGGCGUGCCAAUCAUCGGGUGGCCGAUCGCCGCCGAUCAGUUUUACAACACGAAAUUUUUGGAGGAGGAAGUUGGCGUUUGCGUUGAGGUUUCUAGGGGGAACGAGUGUGAGGUCAGAAGCGAGCACAUAAGAAGCGUGAUUGAGUCGGUGAUGGGUAGUGAGACAAAAGGAGCAGAGAUGAGAAGGAAGGCCCGUGUUGUGAAGGAGCUGAUAAAGGACGCCAUUAGAUACGAGGAAGGAUACAAGGGUUCUUCUGUCAAAGCUCUGGAUGAAUUUAUUGCCAUGGCACACGCUGCGAAGAAGACGAAGAAGGAACUGAGCAACGGUUCGAGUGUGUGAAGAAUGUUUAAUGUGUUAUUUUCCCCAAAUUUCCAUUGUUUUCUGUGUUUUUAUAUCCAUAAUAAUUAUUUUUCCGACCAA